AUGAGCUUGGAGGGGAUUCUACCUAAGCUAAUAUCGCCUCAGCAGAGUGGUUUCAUGAAGGGUAGACAGAUCUCUGAUAAUAUAUUGCUGGCUCUGGAAAUGUGCUCAGCGUUGGGGAAGAAGGUUAGGGGAUCAAAUGUUGCGCUGAAGUUGGAUAUGGCCAAAGCAUCAUCUCGGGGGUUACGCCAAGGGGACCCAUUAUCCCCGGCCCUAUUUAUCAUUGCGGCUGAGGUCCUUUCGAGGGGCUUGAAUACUUUGGUGGGGGACUUGCAAUUUUCUCCAUACUUUGUUACCCGGGGAUGUCCUCCGUUGACACACCUUGCCUAUGCUGAUGACAUCAUUAUUUUUUGUAAUGGUAGUAAACGUUCAUUAGCAUGUGUUAUGGAGGUAUUGGGCAAAUAUCAGAGGAUCUCAGGACAGUUGGUGAAUGUUUCUAAGAGCUGUUUUUUGGUGGACAAGAAGCGUUUGGGUUCUUGGCGAGGCCGGUGGCUGUCAAUGAGUGCUCGUGCUAUACUCAUUAAGCAUGCGUUGUCCUCAAUCUCGAUUCAUAUUCUGGCGGUAUUGCUUUGGUGGCUGUUUGGAUGUGGACUUUCGCUCUGGGCACAGUUCAUGAGGGCUAGGGGGGAUGUUGCCUUCUGGUGGGAUAAUUGGAGUGGGCUAGAUCCGUUGGCAUGGAGGUUUCCAGAUUUAGCGUCAAACGCUCGGGUUUAUGAUUUUUUGCAUGAGGGCCAAUGGGAUCAUUUGGCCUUGGCUGCCUUCCCUUUAGAGGUCACAGAGUCGGCUGCGGAUUCUUUCUUUUGUUUUGGUAAGAAAUUUUCCUUUCUUAUGUGGAGAUUGUUGCAUGAGCAGCUGCCAGUGGAUGAUGUGUUAGCAAAGUUUCAAGUUCAUGGCCCCUCUAGGUGUCAAUGUUGUUUGCUGCCUCAGUUGGAAACGUUGCAGCAUGUUUUUGCUACUGGGGUGUUAGCAACUGAGGUUUGGGGAUUUUUUGGGCAGUUGCUAGGCGUUGCAACUCCUUCAGUUGCUUGUGUUAGGUCACGAUGCUACAAAUAG